AUGGUUGGAAUACCCCCAGAGAUCGUGGACGAGAUUAUGUCAUAUCUCCAGCCCGGCCCACUCGAGCUACUGCAGGUCAGGGCCAGCGAGGAGUACACGGAGAGCACGAGAGCCAUUGGACAAUGCACCUCCGUUUGCAGGGUCUGGUAUGAGCUGUCACGCCGGUAUCGCUUCAAGGACUGGGUCAUUACGCUCAGAGACCCCACUUACAGUCCCGAUGCGAAAACGGUUGCCGACCUCCUCGCAUUUAUACGACGAUCUCAGUUCCCUCGUCUCACCGUCCGAUCUCUCAUCAUGCGCAAUGAUAGCCAGCAGGUGAUGGCUGCCUUCCAGACGGCGGGCAUGGAGGGUGCAUGUAGCGUGGAUUUCUCGGCUUCCAUUACGGAAAUCGUCGGGAUAGUUCAAGCAUUGCCUGCAUUGACUACGCUCAAGCUCUCCUAUUUCAAUAUACUCGAGCUGGCUCGACUGCCAAUCAGCGACAUCCAGUCGGCCUUCGACCAUAUCACCCAUUUUACAUUCGCAGGCCGCGCGGAGAUCUCCACUGGGAGGUUUAUGCCCUACGCAGAGCUCUGCACGCUAUUGUCGUACUUUCGUUCUCUCGAGGAGCUUGUCCUCGACGAUGUCGACAUACUCAACGCCAAUAAGAGCGACGGCGCCGACCUGCCGCAGUUGCCGAACCUGCAAAAGCUUGUAAUACACCGCUGCGACAACAUCUUCCAUCUGGUAAAUGACAUCACGGACCAGGUGGAUGACGGCCGGCUGGCUCUUCUACACCACCUUGAAUUGGGAAUGAUCAACGCGAGUAACCAGGCCGUUGCCCACUAUCUCGUCAGUGCACUGGCGUCGCAACUCACGAGCCUUGCCCUUGGACACGACUACACCUACAGCCUGCUGGAAUACAUCAACACAGGAAUCUCGUCUCUCGAUUUUCCGAGCUGCCCGAAGCUCGUCGAGCUGCGCCUGAUUAUGGAUCUCUCUGAUCCAGAAGCACCACACCCACCGCACGCUUUCGAACACCUCGCGCGCAUGCUCGUGUCUGUCACCGGGCCCGCCGACACCGUCCAAGAGCUGAUCAUCGAGUAUGGCGAGGCGCCUGCGGUGGUCGCGAGCGUGGACGAGCCAAACUUCGAGGUCCUCUCCGACGUGACGUGCCAGACCCAGAUUGAGGUGCUUUUGCCGUGGCGCUUCAAGGCCCUGCGCGCCGUGCGCUUUGUGCCUUUGCGCGAGUACAGCUUUGCCGUGUUUGCGGAGGACGACCAGGUGGUUGUGCGAGAGAGCUUCCGCGGACUCGACUUCAGGGGCCUGUUGGUAUUCUAA